AUGUUUGCGCAACAGUCUAAUCAAAUAUCACCUUUCAAUCAACGUAUGAACAGCAAUCAAGGCAAGAAAUCUGUGUUUUUGCAAUCAAACAACUCGCCCGUCUUUGGUCAAAACACAGGUAUUCAAAACCAAAUGUUCUCUGGUGCUGCUGCUGCACAAUCAUCACAAAGCGUAUUUGGUAAUAAGCCUGCCACCAAUUACAAGCAAAGCUUGGUAUUUCCUCCCACACAGCAAAAGAACGACCAUCAGAACCAGAAUUCGGUCUUCUUUGGCCAGCAAACAAAUGAUAACCAAAGCCGCACGACUCCUAAUCAACGUGGUCGAGGUCGUGGCCGAGGAACUGCGUUUUACAGUACGAGUAAUAGAGGUCGAAAGACUUGGGGUCCUAGUGGCCAGUCUCCAUUUAGUUCAUAUCAACAUCAAAACCAGGAGCAGCCUCAACAACAAUCGCCUUCCCUGUCAAUGCCUACUCAAAACGCAUCUUCUGCUCAUCAACAGCAACAGCAACAUUCCCAUCCACCACGCCAAAAACGUCAACAUCAAGUGCAACGUACGAAAAACACACCUCAGUCAGUAGACCAAGUAGGCCAAAUCACUGCUGCCGAAAGAGCAAAGCGCUUUGGCAGCACCGAUAAAAGCGAUCUGUAUAAUCAAUUGAAAAAGAUGCGUGUACAAGAAAGACAACAAGCCAUUAAAAACGGCCUUUUGCCUGAUCCCGAUAAUCCCACCACCUUGGAGGAGGCUGUUGCUUUCCGUGGUACCUGCAUCGCUAAAUGCCCGGCAUUCGAGAUUGCAGAGAGGGAUUAUCAAAACUUAUUAGAACCUUUUGAAAAAGACCAAGAUGGAAACGUGGAUCCUGAAAAAUGUGUCAAAGCCUAUCGAAGAUCAGCUGCCGGUGUUGAACAACCAUUACCGUCCGAUGUCAGGACUCCAGCCGCUCUCAUGAGCACAUUGGACUAUUUGGUUGAUGAAACAUUGACAAACAACAAACUAGAGCAGUGCCAUGCCUUUGUGCGUGAUCGCACUCGUUCGAUUCGUCAAGACUUUACACUGCAAAAUAUACGAGAUGUCACAGCUGUUGCUGCCCAUGAACGCAUCGCUCGAUUCCACAUCAUGUGUCUCCAUGAAAUGUGCGAGGUGGAUGGGUUUAGCAUGCAACAAGAAUUGGAACAAUUGAACAAAGUCUUGCUGAGUCUUACAGAAUUCUACAACGACUUGCGAGAAGAAGGCAUCGAGUGCGAAAAUGAGGCAGAGUUCCGUGCUUACCAUCUCAUCAGCCAUAUUCGAGACCAAGAACUUGCCCGUCAAGCACAGACACUCCCCAUCCACAUCUUCAAGCACCCUUACAUGAAGCGAGCACUUGAAUUACACGCAUUAUCGCAACGAAACAAUGAAAUCAUGGAAACCUCAUCCAGACGUAACAAGCCUAAAAACAUUGAAGCAAGCCAAAAUUACUAUUCCAAGCUGUUCAAGAUGAUUGCUGACAACCAAACCUCCUUCUUAAUGGCCUGUAUGAUGGAAUGCCACUUUUCUGAUAUUCGCAAAGGCGCUCUGAAAGCCAUGAACACUGCCUACAUGGCUAGAGUGAGUAAUGUCCCAGUAGAACACGUACGUCGUGUUUUGGCGUAUGACAGUAUCGAGCAGUUGCUAAAGGAAUUGGACUUGUACGCUAUUCCUGUGAACAUGUCGCUAGAAAACCCCACCAUCUGCUUUGGCGUAAAGCGCCCUCCUACCAAUAUGAUUGUCUUUAGAGAACCAUUGUCGAAUCCUCCACAAACAAAAUCCAUGAUCCUCGUUGAACCCAAGAAAGAUGGACGAUCCUUCCGUGAUAUCAUCAAUGCUAAUGAUACACUUUCAAGUGCUAUCCAUGACACACACAUGAUGACAUCCACAAAUACUUUACCAGCCGACGCAUGGAUGAAGGCCACUGCAGCACCACCCACUUUCAAAAGAGCUGGUGACUCGCUGCAGUCCGCGCAGCAAAAGCAGAAACAACUCGAGCUAGAAUCUAUACGUAGCAGAGCAGCUGCAGCACAAGCACAACUGGAUCGUGAGCGUAAAAAAGUCGAAGCGGCUAUAGAGAAGAAGAGACAGGAGGAAGCGGAAAGAGAGGCUCUGAAACUCCAAGAGCAACAACGCAUUUUAAAGGAACAAGAGGAGCAGGAACGGAAACAACUCGAAAUGGAGCAAAUCAGGGCUGAAUUGACAAGACGAAAGGAAGAAGAAGCGCGAGUUAGACAAGAGCAAGAGCGUAUCAAGCAUGAAAAAGAACAAAGGCUCAAGCAACAACAACUGGCAGAGCAACUGGCAGAACGUCUACGUAAAGAAAAAGCAGCCAAGGAAGCCGCUCGACUGGAACAAUUGCACCGUGAAAAAAUUGAGAAGUUACAAGAUAGAAUACAUCGCCACCGUAUCUCAAGGGCUAAGACGCUCAUCAAACACAAACUCACGCCCCUCAUUCAUCGUGUGCGGGAGCGCAUUGACAAGCGAAAUACAAAGGCCAUGGAGCGUCAUCGCAUGUGGCAUUUCAACCUCUGCGUAGGUAUCCAAAACCCGUACUCGUCCUUGAACCUGUCUAUGAUGAGGCCUUUGCAUUCCACACCUGAAGGCAUCCGUGAAAGAGUCAGUAAAUGCAUGUUGUACGAAAAAUACGCGCUGGAAGAUGUGAAGCAGCCUUUGCAAGACCAGCAAGCAGCUAUAUGGCGAACAGAAGACUUUUCAUUAAACAUCUACCCACGUAUUAGAGACAAAAUGUUCCAAAGAGCCAAAACAUAUGACAGCCUAGACAAGCCAGAAUGGCAAUUAUUUGUCAAUGUACCGGAUGACGAGCAACUUGAUUCAUCCAACUGGUUUAGCAGGAAGUUUGGACUUGAUAAUGAAUUUCACAGCAGAAAAGACAGAUACCAAGAUUUCGAUAUCACCAUUCGCAUGAUCACGCCUAGUAGUAAAUUGCCUAGUAAAUGGGUGGACGAAGCAGGAGCCAUCAUAUUCUCAUUGCCUGAGUCUAAAGAAUGCAAAACGCCACAAGAAAUUGACAUGUACUGGAGCGAGAACAAGCAAAGACUCGAUAAAUUAACAGCAGAUUUACAACGAUAUAACCCUGGAAAGCAGAUCCCAAUCCUAUUUACAUAUUUUCCUGAUACAAGCAACACAGAGUCCACGCUAGAAAAGAUACCAACAUAUUUGGGACUCGAUACAAACAGAUCCAUCAGUGAUUACCACUUUUUAUUCAUGAAUCCACUCACAAUCGCCACCCGCAUUAUGGAUGAGGUUAACUGGUUGAGCACACAUUCUUCCUCAAUUGAAUAA